CCAGCCCCGCCCCCUGCGCGCGGCGCGGCUCCGGAAAUGGUCGUGCUGCGCUGCGCUGCGGCUGCGUCGGGCCGCGCGCGCUGAAGGAGACUGAAGUCAGUCGGAUGAACGGUCUCUGCAGGCCCGCUCAGCCGGCCCAGGUUUUUCCCGCGGGGGGAUAGCGAGGGGAUCCUUAUGCACAAUCCCAUGAAAUGAACAAAGCUCCACAGCCCACAGGAGGAGCCCCGACAGCCCCGCACCCUGCCCCUUCUCCCGGACUGCCGCAGCCGACGUUCCCACCCGGUCAGACGGCACCUGUGGUUUUUAACCCGGCACCGACCUCACAAAUGAAUACGCCUUCUCAGCCGCGCCAGUUUCCAGCAGGGCCUCGGGCUAUUCACCAGCAGGGAGGAUUCAGGUCUCUUCAGCAUUUCUACCAGAACAGGGCGCAGCCUCCCGCCAGCGCGUCCCGCGUGCAGAGUAACACGACGGCCCGGCCCGGCCCCCCUACCCAUGUGUAUCCGGCCGCUUCCCAGGUGAUGAUGAUACCCUCCCAGAUAUCCUACACACCUUCCCAAGGAGCCUAUUACAUUCCCGGACAGGGUCGCUCCACGUACGUCGUCCCAACCCAACAGUACCCGGUCCAGCCCGGCGCCCCUAGUUUUUACCCUGGAGCCAGCCCCACAGAGUUCGGCACUUACGCGGGUGCUUAUUACCCCGCACAGGGGGUGCAGCAGUUCCCGGCGGGGGUCCCCACCGCCCAGGUCAUUGUGAGCCAGCAGCCACCGAUCCCCCCGAAACGAGAACGCAAGACGAUCCGGAUACGAGACCCCAACCAAGGUGGCAAAGACAUCACCGAAGAAAUCAUGUCCGGAGCAAGAACCUCAUCCACCCCCACCCCUCCACAGGCUGGAAGCGGUUUGGAGCCCCAGGCCAACGGAGAGACCCCCCAUGUAGCAGUUAUUGUCCGGCCAGAUGACCGCCCGAAGCCCGCGCUGGUGGUGAGCAAGCCCGUCUCCCUGGAACCCAGCAAGUCAGCGUCCCCGUCGCCUCCCCCUCCCCUCAUCCCCGAGGUGGAGCCCGUGGUGCUCUCGGCCGUGACGCUGGUGCCAAUGGAGCCCCCCGUGGACGCGGACACUAAAGCGGAGCUGGGCGAGGCGCCGCCCGACCCGCAUGAGACGUUUAGCGCCGUCACUACAGUGCCAGGGGCUGUGGAGCUGCCCCUCGUGCCCGCGCCCGACAUGGACACGAGGGCUGUGGAGGAGGAGGAGGAGGAGGAGGAGGAGGAGGAGGAGGAGGAGGAGGAAGAAGAGGAGGAGGAGGAGGAAGAAGAAGAGGAGGAAGAGGAGGUGGCGGCAGCAGAGGAGGUCGCCAUUCCCCUCCCGGAGCCCGCCCCACAGGUGCCUGUGCCCCCCCCUGAGGUGGCGCCGGUGCCCGUUGUCCCCCCAAUGCCAGCCGUGCCCCCGGUGCCGGCCGUGCCGUCGCCGCCACCACCGCCCGUCGUACCGCAGGCCCCCGAAGCACCCGCCAAACCCUCCUCCCCCAGCCCCCCACCGCCCCGGGAAGAGCCCUGCCCCGAGCCUGCCGCCGAGCCCGCUGCUGAGGCCAACGGGGUUUUAGACGAGGUGCCCGAGCCGGUCCCCGAGGUGCCCGUGUGCCAGCCGGUGUCCGCACCGGUGCCUGCGCCCACCCUGGACUCCCCCAUUGCCCAGCCCGAAGAGCUGCCCCUGCCCAACGGGGUGGAGGGCACUGGCAAAACGGAGCCAAGCGAGGAGCAGCCCGAGUCGGACAUCAGCCCCAUCUCGGAGCCUGAGGAGCCGGCCCAGCCCGGCACCCCUGCCUCCCCCCCGGCAGAGGAGGAGGAGGAGGAGAGCGAAGGCCCCAGCGAGGCUCAGGAGCGGAGCUCGAGCCCGGCCCCUGCCCCCUCUCAGACCUCGGAGGCGACUGCACAAGUCGCCGUGUCGGUGCCAAAGAAGAAGCGAAGGAUGAAGGAGCUGAACAAGAAGGAGGCAGUAGGCGAUUUGCUGGAUGCCUUUAAAGAGUCUCAGAUCAGUGACAGUGCCUCGGAGGUGGAGAACAAGCCCCCCGCACCCGCCCCUGCCCGCGAAGCGGAGGACGCGGCCCCCGCCCGUCCACAGGAAGAGUCGGAGGAGACGUGGGAGGAGAAGGAGGACAAGCUGGCCCCAGAGAAGGGCAAGGCUGCCGACCAGAAGUACCGCUACAAGGAAGAGCAAUGGAAGCCACUGAACCCCGAGGAGAAGAAGCGCUAUGACCGGGAGUUCCUGCUGGGCUUCCAGUUCAUCUUUGCCAGCAUGCAGAAACCCGAGGGGCUGCCCCAGAUCACGGAUGUGGUGCUGGACAAGCCCUGUGUACCUUCACAGGCCAACAAGACCCCACUGCGGGCGCUCGACCCCAUCCGCCUCAGCGGCAUGAACUGCAGCCCUGACUUCACCCCUUCCUUCGCCAACCUCGGCCGGCCCGUCAUGGGCAACCGGGGCCUGCCCUCAGGGUUGGGUCCCCGCCGCUCCCAGCAGAGCCAGAGGAAGGAGCCCCGCAAAAUCAUUGCCACUGUGUCCCUCAAUGAGGAUGUCAAGCUGAACAAGGCCGAGAAGGCCUGGAAACCCAGCAGCAAGCGUGCCUCUGAGGAGGAGGAUCCUGAGAACAUCAAGACGCAGGAACUGCUCCGCCGUGUCCGCAGCAUCCUCAACAAGCUGACGCCCCAGAUGUUCCAGCAGCUGAUGAAGCAGGUGAUGGAGUUGUCCAUCGACACGGAGGAGCGGCUCAAGGGUGUCAUCGACCUCGUCUUCGAGAAGGCCAUCUCGGAGCCAAACUUCUCUGUUGCCUAUGCUAACAUGUGCCGUUGCCUUAUGGGGCUCAAAGUGCCCACAACAGACAAGCCCACGGUGACUGUGAACUUCCGCAAGCUGCUGCUCAACCGCUGCCAGAAGGAGUUUGAGAAGGACAAGGAUGAUGACGAGAUCUUUGAGAAGCGUCAAAAGGAGAUGGACGAUGCCAGUGCUCCCGAGGAGAAGGCACGCAUGAAGGACGAGCUGGAGGAGGCGCGGGACAAGGCCCGCCGGCGAUCCCUGGGCAACAUCAAGUUCAUUGGAGAACUCUUCAAACUGAAGAUGUUGACGGAGGCUAUCAUGCAUGACUGCGUGGUGAAGCUGCUCAAAAACCACGAUGAAGAGUCUCUUGAGUGCCUUUGCCGCCUGCUUACCACCAUUGGCAAGGACUUGGACUUUGAAAAGGCCAAGCCCAGGAUGGACCAGUACUUCAAUCAGAUGGAAAAGAUCAUCAAAGAGAAGAAGACAUCAUCCCGAAUCCGUUUCAUGCUGCAGGAUGUGAUUGACCUCAGACGGAAUAGCUGGGUGCCGCGGCGAGGAGACCAGGGCCCCAAAACCAUCGACCAGAUCCACAAGGAAGCAGAGAUGGAGGAACAUCGGGAACACAUCAAAGUGCAGCAGCUCAUGUCGAAGGACAAGAGGAGAGGACCCCCCGGGCCAUCCUCCAGCAGUGGGCGCGGGAGCCUGGUCGCAGAUGAUGGCUGGAACACGGUGCCCAUCAGCAAGGGCAACCGGCCCAUCGACACCAGCCGGCUAACGAAGAUCACCAAGCCCGGAUCCAUCGACUCCAACAACCAGCUCUUUGCGCCGGGUGGGCGGCUGAGCUGGGGCAAAGGCAGCAGCGGAGGGUCUGGUGCAAAGCCUGCAGAUUCAGCAUCUGAUUCAGGGCGACCAGCCACGAGCACCUUGAACCGCUUCUCCGCGCUCCAGCAGUCAACCCCCGCCGAGAGCCUGGAGUCCCGCCGCGUGGUGCAGAGGAGCAGCUCCAGCCGUGACAGGUCAGAGAAGGCUGGGGACAGAGGGGACCGGGAGUCGCGUUCGGAGAAGGGCAGCGACCGCUUGGAGCGUCCUGACCGGGGGGAGCGGGCAGACAGGAACAGGUCUGCCCUCACCAAGAGGAGCUUCAGCAAAGAGACAGAGGACAGGAGCCGAGAACGAGAGAAGCAGAGCGGCCCCGAAGCCGUGCGCAAGGCUGCUAGCAUGACGGAGGAACGGGACAGGAGCAGAGAGACCAUUAAGCAAGAGCCGGCACCUCCCGCAGCAUCCCCCAAGCCUGCGCUGUCAGAAGAGGAGCUGGAGAAGAAAUCCAAGGCGAUUAUAGAGGAAUACCUGCACAUCAAUGACAUGAAGGAGGCCCUGCAGUGCGUGCAGGAGCUGGGCAGCCCCUCCUCGCUCUACAUCUUUGUGCAGAACGGUAUCGAGUCCACGCUGGAGAGGAGCACCAUCUCCCGUGAGCACAUGGGGGUCCUGCUGUGCCAGCUGGUGAAGGCGGGCACGCUCUCCAAGGAGCAGUACUACAAAGGGCUGCGGGAGAUCCUGGAGAUCGCGGAAGACAUGGAGAUCGACAUCCCCCACAUCUGGCUGUACUUGGCCGAACUCAUCACCCCCAUCCUGCAAGAGGAAGGCAUUCCCAUGGAGGAGCUGUUCAGGGAGAUAACGAAGCCCCUGGUGCCCAUCGGGAAGGCCACCACACUGCUGGUCGAGGUGCUGGGCUUGUUGUGCAAGGGCAUGAGCCAGAAGACCGCAGGCAAGCUGUGGCGGGACGGGGGCCUGAGUUGGAAAGAAUUCCUACCCGAGGACCAGGAUGUCAACAAAUUUGUCACAGAGCAGAAAUUGGAGUACACGAUGGGGGAUAGCUCGGACACGCCGAGCCGCAAGGAGCUGACCUCGGAGGAGCUGUGCAAGCAAAUGGACAAACUGCUGAAGGAGAACCCGAACAACCAAAGAAUACACGACUGGAUCGAGGCCAACCUGAGCGAGCAGCAGGUCUCAUCCAACACGUUUAUCAGGGCCCUGAUGACGUCCGUGUGCCACUCGGCCAUCAUCUUUGAGAACCCCUGCCGCGUGGAUGCCCUGGUCAUCCGCAACCAAGCCAAGCUGCUGCAGAAGUACCUGCGGGAUGAGCAGAAGGAGCUCCAGGCGCUCUACGCCCUGCAAGCCUUGGUGGUGAAGUUGGACCAGCCUCCCAACCUGCUGCGGAUGUUCUUUGACGCCCUCUACGACGAGGAUGUCAUCAAGGAGGAAGCUUUCUACAAGUGGGAGUCCAGCAAGGACCCAGCCGAGCAGCAGGGCAAAGGGGUGGCUCUCAAAUCGGUGACGGCCUUUUUCACCUGGCUCCGGGAAGCCGAGGACGAGUCGGAUAACAACUGAGCAGCCGUGAGGAGGAGGAGGAGGAGGAGGAAGGGGGAGAGAGAGAGAGCAGGCCACCCUGGGGAGCGACUCCAUCCCCUCCCAGCCCCCCUGGACUUGCCGAUGCCAGGGCUGAGGGACCUGCUGUGCCCCCCCCUCCAGCCCCCCUGUAUCUUUUCAGUUCUCCUCCUCUCCCUCCUCGCUCCAUCUCGGUUCUGUUUGCGAGGCCUGUACUAGUUUGCCACGGUGAUAAUAAACGGAUGCUGAGGGAGGCGGCUGUUGCAGUGGGGCCCCUCCUCUCCCCCCUCCCAGCGCAGGCACACCAGGACUCCAGGAACGGGGCAGAGCACCCCCGGACUCAUGUUAUGGGGAGGGGGGAUGGGAUUGGGGAUAUACGUCUCCCCUCCUUUCCCCCCUCCUUUUCCUCCUCCCCACUUCUUGCUGAAAUAUAGAGAGAUUAUAUAUAUAUAAACUUAUUAAAUUUGGUUUGGGGACAGGAGCGUGAUUUCUCCCCCUCCCCUGUCCUCUCUCUAUUCCUCCCAUCACUGCCUGGAUGCCCCCUCUAUGGUUUUUUUUAUUUUAAAUAUAAAUCAUUCCCCCCCCAGCUCCUGCUCUGACACCUGGGGAGGGUGCCGGGGAGGAGGGGGGGUGACCUCUUCUCUCUGGGCCAGGCUCAGUCCCUUCCUCCCCCCAAAAAGCCCCCAUCCUCCUCCCAAACGUUUAAGGCCACAAUUGGGCAAGCGACGGGGCGGCCCCCCCAUCCGCGUCCCCUGUAUUUAUAGAGCGCCGGAUGUGACGAGCCGCACGUGUAAUUAUUAAAACAAGGAUUCAAUUA